ACCGUAAUUAACCGAACUUUAAACCCUAAUCUCUCCGUAAAAAUUACGUUCAUUUGAGCGUUUUGAUUUUCGUCUUGAAGCCAUGGCUCGAUUUCGAAAUAAGAAGAGGAAGCCGUUUGUGAAGCCGAUUGUCAGGAAACAGCCAACGGUGGACCACGUCACAGGCGAUAAAAUCCCUAAGAGCUUCGUGUUCUGUCGAGGGAAGCUGCCCGGCCCUCUCAGGCAACUGGAGAUGGAUUUGAGGAAAUUGAUGCUUCCGUACACCGCUCUGAAGCUCAAGAUGCUUUUCGUAUACGGAGUUCAAGUGCAUUGUUCUUCAGCUCCUUUCAGAUCAUUUAUUUAUGAUGUAUUGCAGGAAAAAAAACGUAACAACAUCAAAGACUUCUUGAAUGUUGCGGGACCAAUGGGUGUCACACAUUUCCUCAUCUUAUCAAAAACCGAAACCGCGCCAUAUUUGAGGGUUGCUAGAACUCCACAGGGCCCGACCAUUACUUUCAAGAUUCAUGAGUAUUCACUGGCUACCGAUAUUGCUCGGUCACAAUUGCGCCCGAGAAGCCCAAAAGACCUCUUCAAGACACCGCCAUUGAUUGUGCUAUCUGGUUUUGGGACUGGAGAACAACAUCUAAAGCUUACAACCAUUAUGUUUCAGAACAUUUUUCCGGCCAUUGAUAUAAAUACCGUUAAGGUUUCGUCAUGCCAAAGGAUUGUGUUGCUUAAUUACAACAAGGAUACGAAGCUUAUUGAUUUUCGCCACUACUCAAUUAGGUUACAGCCUGUGGGGGUAUCUCGCAGAAUAAGGAAGUUUGUGCAGAAUCAUCAGGUGCCUGAUUUGAGAAAUCUUAAGGAUGUCAGUGAUUUUGUGACAAAGGCUGGUUAUGGCUCAGAAAGUGAAAUGGAUGAUGAAGCAGCAACUGUAAGUCUACCAAUGGAUCUUGAUAGAGUCAACCAAGCAUCAAAUCAAAGUGCUGUGAAGCUUCAAGAAAUUGGACCUAGAAUGACCCUUCAGCUCAUGAAAAUUGAGGAAGGAUUGUGUACUGGUGGAGUAAUAUUCAGUGAAUCUGGGUACAAUACUUUAAGCAAUAACCAGAAAACUGUUGCAGAAGAUCAAAAACACGAUAACAACGAUGAAGAUGAAGAUGUCUAAAGUCUGCUCACGUGGAAUAUAUUGUGACCUGAAUAUAACAAAAAGGGAUACAAAUCCUAUAUUAAUAUUUUUUUUUUUUGGUUGGCUUUUUUGCUGUUACUACAAUGCACAUCUUUAUGUACCUUAGUCUGUUCGAAAUUGAUAGUGUUUCAGGCUUUAAAUCCCAAAUGCAAAAAAAUAUAUUUGAUCGAAAAACUAGCUGAUCAAUUUACCUCUCCAAUAAAUAUAUAGUAUAAUUUUCUACCUUAUUAGCCAAAUAUGACACAUAAACAAGACACUAACACUAAUGAUCAAAUGAUGACAUAUUCCGUUUGUAUACAAGAAGAAAUUAAGUUUGGAA